GCACAUAAGGAUCGUGCUGUAGUUUAGUUGUUACUCAGAAAGGAGCAACAGCUAGAGGCUGAAUCUGGGCUAGAAAGAGUCAAACGUGGCUACAGAAAACAAAACCAGCUAAAGCAAAACAUAUCCAGAACCAGCACAGCUCCAGAAGAGUAAAUAAGGAGUGCCUGAAGCACUGCCUCAAAAUGAUCACUUUAUACCAUGGACAAAGUAUGGAUCACUCAGUUUGUGUAAACCACUGACACUGACUUGACUUGGAAGAAUAGAACAAGGUCUUUGGGAGCUUCAGGAAGAACCAUAUAAGGUGAUCAUGUUCAGCUUCUAGACACAAACACAAAGCAGUGGAAAACAUCAGCUGCGGGCAGCAGCAGUCACCAUGAUUGACCUGAGUUUCCUGACAGAGGAGGAGCAGGAAACCAUCCUGGCUGUGUUAAAAAGAGAUUCUGAGCUGAAGAAGGCUGAGGAGCAGCGUGUCCAGAACCUGCAGAAGACUGUUAGUGACAAGGGCCAGCUGAGGUACCUGACUGGAGAAUGGUUCUAUGAGACCAAGCAGCUUCGUCAUCAGGAUCGCAUCCAUGGCUCCGACAUUGUCAGGGCCUCCAUGAGACAUACACAUAAACCACUAACUAUAUUAGCUGUGUUGUGUGCUGCAGUGGAGCUCUCUCAGAUAUUGCCUGAGAAGUCCAGUUUUGUCAGCAGUGAAAAUAAAGAAGUGUUUGUCCCACCUGUACUCUGUGGACUCCUUCAGGAGCUCAGCAAUGAAAGGUAUCAUAACCAGACCCCUUAUGAGACACCAGAAGAUACACCUAAAUCAGUUUUACAGUCAUCCACAAAGCAGAGAAAAAACCCUUUCAACAGAGAGCUCAAUGCAAGUCACACUUUUAAAGAAAAGGAUAGUCGGUUUUUGGAUGGAGCAGUGGAUCAAACCCACAAACCAAAUGAGGAGCCUUUACCAUCAUCUGACAGCUCCAUUUCUUAUGCUAUUAACCUUAGACAAGACCCUAAUAGCUUGGUCACCCAGAAUGCAUCUUGCCAUAUGCCAAUGCCUGGAAACAGGGCAGUCAGCACCAGUUCUCAGGACUGUUUUGUUGAGGUAGAUGGACCAGGAGGUAGACAGACUAAUUCUGCUGCUCCGUGGGACAUCCUCAAGCACUUGUCCACUUCUAGCUCCACAAACUCUCUGUUCUCUCACCUAUACGAGAAGAAUCCAGUUAGUCUGAAUUUUGCCACUGAGACCUGGAUAGACAAGAAGCAGGUGAGGUUCAGCUCCAUGGUCAGUCAGAGCAGAGUGAAGUGGCAGGAUGGGAAGAAACUGGGAGAGCACAGUUUGCUGAACAUCGACUUCAACACUCCAUCUGAGAUGGAAAAUGCGCAUCUGAAUAACCGUGACCUUGAGAAUACUGGCAGUACAACUUCUGGCACAAAUAGGCCAUUACUCAGUCAGAGUCGAAUGGAUUCAGUGGAAGGUGAACUCAUUUGCAAAAACGAGGCAAACCUCCAAGAACAAGAAGCUGGCCAACACCAGGUCCUUGGUGAUGUCUCUGAGAAGUGUCACUUGGAGCUCCCAAAAUCAGCAGUGUCCAGCCUUAUUUCUUCUGAGCAAGAGUCACGUAAGCCUCUCCACCUGGAGACAGAGCCUGAAGAAGACCGUCACGCUCAGGCUAGGGCCAAAGAUGGGCUAACCAGACACAAAGUUCAUCAACAAAAGCUGGCUGAGCAAAGCACUGUCAUUUCUGUUGAGGUUACCUCAAAUACCAAACCAUCAACUAUCGGCAUCUCAAAGAGUUCAUCUAGUGCUGUUUCACCACAGCCUAGACGAAGACUGCUUGGUAUUUUUAGACGAGAGAAAGAGAAAGGUGCUGAAUUGCAGAGUCCGCAGGAAAAAGAGGUGAAUAUACAGCAGAAAGAACCAAGCAAAACACAGAAUCUCUCUCUAGACACUGCAGAUAUGACUGUGGACAAACCUGCAAUUGUCAAACAUGAAGCUAAACCCUCUGAGAUGACAGAGUUCAGAACACUUACAGCACUGCAGAACACUACAUUUAAAGAAACAGUGAUCACAGUAGAUGCAGACUCUCAGCAGGUUGCAACAGAAGGCAGAGUUGUUCAGUUUCCAGAGAGACUAUCCAACAUGAAAGCUUUCUGGGAGAGAGAAAACACUGGAGACAAAAUAAUAUUUACCAGACAAGAGGCAAGACAGGAAGACAUCUCCAAGAUGGGAAUAGAAGCUUCAUAUGGCCCUCAGACAUAUGUAGAGAGCAUAAACAAUCUAUCAGCUCGUAGGGAAAUGACAUUUAAGGAUGCCGUUAGCAGAUCCAAAGCCAAGAUUUUGUCACCACAGACUGAAUGUAGCCUCUUUGUAGAUUUAUCAACUGAAGAUGGCACAUAUAGAGCUAAUCCAGUCCUGAUCUAUGAAGAGACAGAUCACUCUUUGACAGGUUCAGUAACAGAGUCAGAGAUUUCUGAGUCACAGGAAAACAUCAUCACUCCUGUACCUUCCUCUGUAGCUUUUAGUGCCCAACAGCAGUGGGGGAGUGUUCCAGUUUCUCUUCCCAGACGGUCCAGUUCCAGUCCUGAAGAAGACAGGCCAGCCAAGAUCAAUGAUCUUAAGCAUUUCUGGGAGACAGAAUAUACAGGACCCAGGAUAAUUGAUGCAAGAGUCAAGGAAGCCUCAAGUAGCUCACUACUCAGUAACAAAGUGGUUUCCCCUCAAUCUUAUCUGAGAAGAUCCUUAGAUAACAGAGAGAACACUGAGGGAGAGGCACAAACUUCUGCACAUAAAACCAAGUCAUAUGUUUUCUGGAAAUCAUUGAAAGUGAUAGACAAAGGUUUCGUCAGUCAGAGUCCAGACAGGUCACAGCUGAGCAGUUCUGGUAGUACUGGGGAUUCACAGUCAAGAAGUCACCAAUACCAAGUCAAACAAAGGCCUCUCAGUCCUAGUAAAUCCCAAAUGCCAAGAUCAAAAGACCAGGAUGAUGAAGUCAGGAGAAGUCCAUCUAAGACCUAUCACCCAAGAGUCCUACCUAGAGAAUCCUCCAGUCCUAAGAGAUCGAGGCUGGAUGGUUCUCCCUUGAAAACCUUUCUAAUAGACAUUGACCCUCACACUAAGGCUGUUGAAGAGCAACAAGGGAAGCUGACACUAGUGCCAAGACAGAGAAAGAGUCCCUCACAUGGAGCAAAACAAAUAGUGUUGACCGAUACGAAACCUAGCACAGACAUCACUUCAUGUCUUCUACCAUUACAUCCAGAGGACAGAGGGGCUUACUUUGGCAAUGUAAAUACGCAACAAAGUAAUUCAAGCUCCUCCACUUCACAACAAUCCAAAAAAGCUUCAGAGAAGAAACUUAGGACCUUUACACCUCUUGCCAGAUCGUUCAUCCCUCAGGAUUGUCAGCACUACCUUGGGCCACAGGAGAGGGCCCAUGUCCCUCCUUUUCACCAAGAGAAAGGUGUUGCUGAAGAGAGUGAUGUGGUACAUAGACCACAAAGUGCCCUCAAAGACUCUGUGGGAAACCAGAGUACCAGUCCCACUGAGAAGAAUCAUCCUAGAAUCAGUUCUUGGAUUGUGGAAAAGAGAGAUGAAAAUUCCAGCCAAGACACAAGAACCAGGGCCUGGUCCCUAUCUUGGGCAGGUUCAGACAGUUAUGAUGAGAGCUCCAGUCCCAUCAUGUCAGCUCUGAAACAAUUAUCUUCAAGGAGCAUGUCUUCAUCCAAAAGUCUCGAAAACCUCACCUCACAAUCAAGAGAAGAGAGAACCAAAAAUAACUCGAGAGAACAAAUGAAUUUAAGUGUGGAUGAUGUUUCUUCACUUCCACCAUCAGCCUCUACUAUCUCCAACUCAAAGCAGAUAAAAACCAGUGUGUCGGUGCCUUUUCUUCAGAAGGAAGAGACAGACAGUGACAGCAUUUUUACGACUUACUUGGGCUGGAGAAGAAACACAGGCAGCUCCACUUCUAACAUAAGUCUCUCCUCGGGAAUGGCCUCGUCUGUCACCGGCAGCAUCAGCAGCAUUGACCCUAUAGAUUUUGGUGACAAAGAAGUCCAGGGAAACAUCCAGUUUGCUGUGAACUACAUCCAGAAGCUUGGAGAAUUUCACAUCUUUGUGGUACACUGCAGGGAACUGGCCACUGCCGACGCCAAGAAAAACCGCUCUGACCCUUAUGUGAAAUGUUAUCUUCUCCCUGACAAAACAAAAUUGGGAAAGAGAAAAACCACAGUAAAAAAGAAGACUUUAAACCCCACCUACAAUGAAAUCCUCCGGUUUAAAAUCAUAAUGGAGGUGUUGAAGACUCAGAAUUUGAACAUCUCAGUGUGGCACAAUGACACUUUCGGGCGGAACAGCUUCCUGGGGGAGGUUGACCUGGAUUUGUCAGAGUGGAACUUCAGCAACACACAGAUAAAUGAAUACGCAUUAAAAGCCAGGGUGUCAGCACAAACCUCAGCACUGUAUCCCUCACAUCUGAUGGACAGCAGAGGACAGAUGAGAGUUGCCCUGAGAUUCCUGCCGCAGACAUCCCACAGUAAGACAACAUCUAGGAUGGAAAUGGGUGAGGUGCAGAUUUGGGUGAAAGACUGCAAGAAUCUCCCUUCAGUUAGAAGAGUGAUAAUCGACCCGUUUGUGAAAUGCACUGUACUCCCUGACACAAGCAGGAAAAGCUGUCAGAAGACGCGGGUGGUGAAGAGGACAACCAACCCGAUGUUCAACCACACCAUGGUGUAUGACGGCUUCCGAACAGAGGACCUCAGAGAGGCCUGUGUGGAGAUCACAGUGUGGGAUCACGACCGACUGAGCAGCCACUACAUUGGUGGCCUGAGGCUUGGGCUAGGGACAGGGAAGAGUUAUGGGGUAGAAGUGGUUUGGAUGGACUCAACGAGAGAUGAAGCAAAUUUAUGGCAGAGGAUGUUACAGUCUGAUCAUGAAUGGGUGGAGGAUAUUUUACCUUUGAGAAUGUUGGUGAUGGCAAAAAACAUGUCAAAGUGAGACUCUCUAAAAUGUGUUGAUAAAUGUGUGGAAACUUUAUAGGAGUACACUGCAUGUGCAUUUGGGUGGAUCUACACAUACACUUUGAGAGGACACAGCAGCCUUAAUGAUGUAUCUGAAUAACUGAUGAUUACUGUAUGAUAAAUGAAUACAUUUGCUACUUUAGUUUGUAUUGUCCAAACCACAUGUUAAAUUUGUCAUCUCAAAAUUGUUAUUUAUAAAAAUGAUACAAAAUAAGACAGAGGAUAUAAUCUAAGUGAUAAAAGAUACAAAUUGUAUUGAUCUUUAGAUAUAUUUGAUCUGAGCACAUAUGAUUUGUAUAUAGUCCUGUCGUU